GACGGUCUCCGUUUCCGGCUGAUGGUGGACAGACCUUUUCCGGUCGUAUUGCUCAGCGAUCAAGAUGGGUAAGCCCCGUGGUCUUCGCACUGCAAGAAAGCACGUCAACCACAGACGCGAUCAGCGCUGGAAUGACAAGGACUACAAAAAGGCCCAUCUGGGAACUCGUUGGAAGGCCAAUCCCUUCGGAGGUGCUUCCCACGCUAAGGGAAUUGUUUUGGAAAAAGUUGGAGUAGAAGCCAAACAGCCCAACUCUGCCAUUCGUAAGUGCGUAAGGGUACAGCUGAUCAAGAAUGGCAAGAAAAUCACUGCGUUCGUACCUCGUGACGGUUGUCUGAACAACAUCGAGGAGAAUGACGAGGUCUUGGUGGCUGGAUUCGGUCGUAAAGGUCACGCCGUUGGUGACAUUCCCGGUGUGCGUUUCAAGGUGGUCAAAGUUGCCAACGUAUCACUACUCGCGCUGUACAAGGAGAAGAAGGAGCGUCCUAGGUCAUAAGGCAUUUUAAUUCAAUAUAAUGUAUUUUUCACUGGGGUUUUGCCAAUAAUCAUCUUGAAAAUACAUUGAA